AUGGCACAAAUUCCCGUGGGCGCAGAACCGAUCAUCCCUGGCAACAUUUCCACCCAGGUAGUGAAGCUCAAUUCGGGCCACAGCAUCCCUCAGGUCGCACUGGGCGUCUACAAGGCGCCUAACGAUGGCACUACUGAACAAGCCGUGAAAUGGGCAUUCGACUGUGGCUACCGUCACAUCGAUUCGGCCUCACGGUAUCGCAAUGAGGAGGCCGUCGGCCGUGCCCUCAAGGAGUGGUCGACGAGCCACAAUGUACCCCGUGAAGAGUUUUUCAUCACUACCAAGCUCUGGGAUGACGACCAGAAAGAUACAACGGCGGCUAUUGAUGAGUCGCUUCGCAAGCUGCAGCUAUCCUACGUGGACUUAUACCUCAUUCACUCGCCCGAGCCCGGUGAAGAAUCGUUCCUCGACGCGUGGCGUCAGAUGGAGGCGGCUGUCGAGGCCGGCAAGGUCCGCUCGAUUGGUGUGUCCAACUUUGACGUGGAGCAUCUGGAUGCUCUCCUCAAGGUCGCCCGCAUCAAGCCGGCGGUGAACCAGAUCGAGUCGCACCCCUUCUUUGCGCAUGAGAAGCUGCGUGAAGAAACCUUGAAGCGUGGUAUUCACAUUGAAGCGUAUUCUCCGAUGGCGCAGGGCGCUGCGCUAGAUCGUGAGGAGAUUCGCGCGAUUGCUACCAAGCAUGGGAAGACCCCUGCGCAGAUUCUGCUGCGCUGGGGUGUGCAGCUUGGCAACAUUAUUCUGCCGAAGUCGCUCACCAAGCACCGUAUUGAGGCCAACGCCCAGCUGUUUGACUUUGAGCUGGACCAAGACGACAUGGAUAUCCUUAACAACAUGGACGAGGGUAUGAAGAUGGGCAAGCUCGGCCCGCCUGGUACCUCGGCGCCCGCCUCGCCUGGCGCCACACGCCCCAACUCGCGCCGCACCUCGGGUAGCGGCGGUCUGGCUGGUGGCCAGCUGAAGAUGAGCAGCAGCUAA